AACCCAAGCGAUCUAAAAUUCGCAAGCGUCUACGGAAUGGCGACUUUAAUUUCUUGUAUAUAUAAAUAAAUUCUUCCACAUUCACCAAAUUUCUCAAAAAAGUUGAAUCUGUAAAAAAUAUUCACCGGGAUAAUUAAGGCUGGUUCGCAUCGGUUGAAUCCACAGGGUUUAGGGAUUCCGAAUAUUUUUUUAAUUUUUCCGUAAAUAAUAAUAGUUUGUAUACAAAUAAUCGACAAUGUUUACGCGAAUUUUUGGAAAGCCUAAGCAAGAGACGAAUGCUUUGGCAACAUUAGACAAGUUAAACGAGACUCUUGAGAUGCUAGAGAAAAAAGAAAAAGUUCUCUUGAAGAAGGCUGCUGCCGAAGUUGAAAAGGCCAAGGAAUUCACUAGAGCUAAAAACAAAAGGGCUGCAAUACAAUGUUUGAAGAGGAAAAGACUUUAUGAGCAACAAGUUGAACAGCUUGGAAAUUUCCAAUUGCGCAUUCAUGAUCAGAUGAUAAUGCUAGAGGGGGCAAAAGCUACAACAGAAACUGUUGAUGCUCUGAGAACUGGAGCAGCUGCAAUGAAAGCUAUGCAGAAGGCUACUAAUAUUGAUGAUGUGGACAAAACAAUGGAUGAGAUCAAUGAGCAGACUGAAAAUAUGAAACAAAUUCAAGAAGCGCUGUCAGCACCAAUUGGUGCAGCAGCUGAUUUUGAUGAGGAUGAGCUGGAGGCAGAACUUGAAGAACUUGAAGGAGCUGAGCUGGAGGAACAGCUCCUGCAACCUGCAACGACCGCUCCUGCUGCUCCUGUUCGUGUACCUGCUGGAAGGCAGCCGGCACAAAAAGUUCAAAAUGACGAUGAUGAACUUGCUGAAUUGCAGAGGGAGAUGGCUCUUUAAGGAGGCUUUUUAAUUGUGCACUUCUGCGACAAAUUGCGUCACUCAGUCUUGACAAGGUUAAUGACAGUAAUGUGGAUGGCUUCUUGCAGUUACCCCAAGUCUAAAGAAACAAUGAAAACAUUGGGUCUACUGUGUGAUGGCGAUCAUAGUUUGAGCUGGUACCACUGAAUGUGCAUUUAGCGGUACACACCUGUAUAGAUGACAUAAAAUGAUUUGUAUUCUGCUUCAGUAUUCAUUCAUAAUUGCAACAUUUGUGUUAUUUUUCCUUAAUACCUAUAUCUUUUGCAUUCC